CUCUCACGCUGAUACAAGACACCACCCCUCCCCCUCUUCUACUAUUUCCUCUACAUAAGCUUCAUUCUUUGUUCCUCUCACUUGUAGUUAUAGUUUUUGUAGUGAGAACAAGAGAGAAUAAAGAGCUUCAUUCAUUCUCUCUCCCCAAAACUUCAACCCAACAAUUUUUCUUAUAAAAACAAACUACACAACAAACUCCCAUAGUUUCAGCAAUCUGAAGAUUUUGAAUCUAUGAAACUCUAGUAAAAAAUAUUAUUAUUUUUAGGGAUCUUGAUAUGGCACCAAGUCUUGAUUGCUUGUCAUCAAGUUUACUAUGUGCAGAAGACAAUGACAGCAUCUUUUAUGACUAUGAUGAUCAUAGAAAUCAUCAAAAUGUUGACCAAAGUCAAAGAGUCAAUUUUCUUGAAACAGAGGACUCUGUUCUUGAUUGUUCUGAUGAGAGGUUGGAUUUGUUGGUUGAAAAAGAAUGUGAACAAUUUGUUGGUUUUUUUGAUUAUUUGGAUUAUAUCAAAAAUGGGAAGCUGGAUAUUGCUGCAAGACAAGAGGCUGUUGAUUGGAUCACAAAGGUUCAUGCUUAUUUCAAUUUUGGACCUUUAACUGCAUAUUUAUCAGUUAAUUACUUGGACAGAUUUCUUGCUGUUUAUGAAUUACCUGCCAAAGAAUGGAUGAUGCAGUUGCUAGCUGUAGCCUGUUUAUCAUUGGCAGCAAAAAUGGAAGAGACUGAAACACCACUAAUUCAAGAUUUGCAGGUGGGUGGAUCAAGAUUUGUGUUUGAGGCAACAUCCAUUAAGAAAAUGGAGCUGCUUGUGUUGACCACAUUGAAAUGGAGGGUACAAGCAGUCACACCAUUUUCCUUUAUUCAUGAUUUUCUUGUGAAAGUCAACCAUGGUCAACCUGUUUCAAAAUCUUGGAUUUUGUCAUCAACCCAACUCAUCUUAAGCUUGUUUAGAGGGGUGGAGUUCUUGGAGUUUAGACCUUCUGAGAUAGCAGCAGCAGUGGCAAUUCAUGUGGUGGGAUCAACUCAGAUCUCUUUACUUGCUCAACAUGUUACAAAGGAGAGGGUUCUUAAAUGCAUGGAAUUGUUGAAAGAGUUAAAUGGUGAUUGUACAAUGAGCUUAAGGAGUGGUACAUUGACAUCAAUGCCAAAGAGUCCAACUGGUGUGUUGGAGGCUGCAUGUAACAGCAAUAGAACUGGUGAAUCAGUUGUUGGGUCAUGUCCAAACUCAUUUAAAAGGAGAAGACUCAACAUUCAACAACAAACACUUUAAUUUGGAGAUUUAGGUGAAAAAUAAUUUUUUAUUUUUUGAUUUUUGGUAGGGUGAGAGUAUUUAAUGUGGUUAUUAUUAGUCAAAAUUUCACAAAAAAAUUAAGUAAUGAGCUGUUAAAUAUUAGACUUCUUAACAGCUUGGGAGAAGAGUAAGGGCAAAUCAAAUGAAAAUAUAUAUAUCAAAUUAUGUAUUUUUAGGUAGAUAUGGACCAUAUGGUUUCUUGUACUCCUUAUAUUUUGAUUGGAAUAAAACAAUGUUGGGUUAUUAGUUA